UUCCUCCCGGCGUUCCCCGCGUCGAGAAGGAGCCGAGCUGGCUCGAGACCGAGAGGACCAGCUUUCGUCGCCGCCGCCGCUGCCGCUGCCGCCACUUGGGAGAAGCCGUCGCGGCCACCCCUGCCGCUCCCGCCGGCCACCAUGUCCGCCCAGGCGCAGAUGCGGGCCCUGCUGGACCAGCUCAUGGGCACGGCCCGGGACGGUUCAGUGUAUCUUUGCCUGCCUACAUCAAUCUGCAAGGGAGUUGCAGAAAAGCCUCAUGUUCAUCGAGCCGAGACGAAACCAGACAGAGGGUCAAGUUUACAGAUGACCGUGUCUGCAAGAGUCACCUUCUGGACUGCUGCCCCCACGACAUUCUGGCUGGGACGCGCAUGGACUUAGGAGAAUGUACCAAAAUCCACGACUUGGCCCUCCGAGCAGAUUAUGAGAUUGCAAGUAAAGAAAGGGACCUCUUUUUUGAGUUGGAUGCGAUGGAUCACUUGGAGUCCUUCAUCGCUGAGUGUGAUCGGAGAACGGAGCUUGCCAAGAAACGGCUGGCAGAGACGCAGGAGGAGAUCAGUGCAGAAGUUUCUGCGAAGGCAGAAAAAGUACAUGAAUUGAAUGAAGAAAUAGGAAAGCUUCUUGCUAAAGCUGAGCAGCUGGGAGCUGAAGGAAAUGUGGAUGAAUCACAGAAGAUUCUCAUGGAAGUGGAGAAAGUCCGUGCGAAGAAAAAAGAAGCUGAGGAAGAAUACAGAAAUUCCAUGCCUGCGUCUAGUUUUCAGCAACAGAAGCUUCGUGUCUGUGAGGUCUGUUCAGCCUACCUUGGCCUCCAUGACAAUGACCGUCGUCUUGCAGACCACUUCGGGGGCAAGUUACACUUGGGAUUCAUUCAGAUCCGUGAGAAGCUCGAUCAGUUAAGGAAAACUGUGGCUGAGAAGCAGGAGAAGAGAAAUCAGGAUCGGCUGAGGAGGCGGGAAGAGAGAGAGCGGGAGGAGCGGCUGAGCAGAAGGUCUGGAUCAAGAACAAGAGAUCGCAGGAGGUCGCGCUCCCGGGACCGACGUCGCAGGCGGUCGAGGUCAACUUCCAGAGAGCGGCGGAAGUCGUCCCGUUCCCGGUCCCGAGACAGACACCGGCGCCACCGAAGCCGCUCCCGGAGCCACAGCCGUGGCCAUCGUCGGGCAUCCAGGGACCGGAGCUCGAAAUACAAGUUCUCCCGAGAGCGGACUUCAAGGGAGGAGUCCUGGGAGCGCGGGCGGAGUGAGCGGGGGGCCACCGACUGGAGGCUUGAGAGUGCCAACGGGAAGGCCGCAUCGCGGAGGUCGGAGGAGAAGGAGGCCGGCGAGAUCUGAGCCCACGCCCAGGCACUGUAAAUAGUCCGAUCCACGUCUGACACGGCCUCACGUUACCCUUUCUAUUUGCUGAAUACAGCUCAUCUUUUGUAGUUUAACAUUUCUAUUGUUUUGGAGCUAGCUGUGAGUUUCUAGAGGUGUACAGAGUUGCUCCUGUGUUCUGGGUUGUGUCGAGCGGGAAUAAACAACCUGACAGACUGCC